ACACUAUAAACUGUGUGUAUGUGUGCCCGCAUAAAGCAGCCUCCCUCUCCUCUUCUCCUCCUUUUUCUGUCUCUCGCUCACACGCAACCAGUGCUCUCCUCAACCUCAUUCUCUCCUUUCAUUUUUGUGGUGCUAUUAGGCUGAACCCAUGGAGGACUACCAUAAACCAGACCAGCAGACCGUGCAGGCGCUGAGGAACAUUGCCAACCGCCUCCGAAUCAACUCCAUCAAAGCCACCACUGCAGUGGGCAACGGGCAUCCAACAUCAUGUUGCAGUGUGGCGGAGAUCAUGUCUGUACUUUUUUUCCAUACUAUGAAGUACAGGCCAGAUGACCCCAAGAACCCCAACAACGACCGCUUCAUCCUGUCCAAGGGUCAUGCAGCCCCUGUCCUGUACUCUGUGUGGGUGGAGAUCGGCUUCUUGAAGGAGUCUGAGCUCAUGAGCAUGUGUCAGGUGGACUCCACGCUGGAAGGACAUCCCACACCUAAGCAACAGUUUGUGGAUGUGGCCACAGGCUCUCUGGGACAGGGGCUGGGCGUAGCCUGUGGAAUGGCCUAUACGGCUAAAUACUUUGACAAAUCCAGUUACCGUGUGUAUUGCCUGCUGGGGGAUGGAGAGAUGUCCGAGGGGGCUGUGUGGGAAGCCAUGGCCUUCGCUUCCUACUACCAGCUGGAUAACCUCUUGGCCAUUCUGGACAUCAACCGGCUAGGCCAGAGCGAUCCAGCACCACUGCAGCACCACGUGGAGAAGUACCAGAGACGCUGUGAAGCCUUUGGGUGGCAUGCUAUUAUCGUAGACGGCCACAGCGUGGAGGAGCUGUGUAAAGCCAUGAGCCAACCACGCCACCAACCCACUGCCAUCAUCGCCAAAACCAUCAAAGGCAAAGGCAUUCCUGUGGCAGAAGAUAAGAUGGGAUGGCAUGGCAAGGUUCUGUCAAAGGACAUGGCAGAGAGCGUCCUGAGAGACCUCCAGAGCCGCAUCCUCAACAGUAACAAGCGCAUGUACCCGGCUUCACCCAUUGAAGACGCUCCACCUGUGAGUCUUCGCAAUAUCCGCAUGCCCAGCGCUCCCAACUACAAACCUGGAGAGAAGAUUGCCACCUGCAAGGCGUACGGGAUGGCCGUGGCCAAACUGGGACGUUACAAUGAGCGAGUGGUGGCUAUGGAUGUCGACACCAAAAAUUUCACCUACUCUGAAAUAUUUAAAAACGAGCAUCCCAACCGCUUUAUUGAGUGCUACAGCGCAGAGCAGAACAUGGUCAGCGUUGCCACAGGCUGUGCGGCACGUGAGCGAAACAUUGUGUUCGCCAGCGGCCUGGCCACCUUCUUCACCCGCGCCUACGACCAGCUCCGCAUGGCCGCCAUCUCAGACAGCAACAUAAACCUCUGCGGUGCCCACUGCGGGCUCUCUGUUGGAGAGGACGGACCGGCCCACAUGGGGCUGGAGGACAUGGCUAUUUUUAGAGCCAUCCCCACUGCUACCAUUUUCUACCCCAGUGAUGCCAUGUCUACUGAAAAGGCUGUGGAGCUUGCAGCCAACACAAAGGGGGUUUGCUACAUCAGGACCACUCGUCCAGAGACUGCAAUCAUUUACAACAGCAAUGAGGAUUUCCAUGUUGGCCAAGCCAAGGUGGUGUGCCAGAGCAAGGAAGAUCAGGUUACAGUGAUUGGAGCUGGAAUGACCCUCCAUGAAGCUCUGGCUGCAGCUGAGCAACUCAAAAAAGAGAGGAUUUAUAUCAGAGUGAUCGAUCCUUUCACAAUCAAACCCCUGGAUGCCAAAACCAUCAUCGACCAUGUGCGCGCCACCAGGGGUCGUGUCAUCACGGUUGAGGAUCACUAUUAUGAAGGUGGCCUGGGAGAGGCGGUGUGCACUGCCAUUGUGAAUGAACCCGGCUUCACUUUCCAGCGUCUGGGUGUCGCUCACGUUCCCCGCAGCGGCAAAGUGUCCGACCUGCUCAAAAUCUACGGCAUCGACCGCGACUCCAUCACACAGGUGGUCAGGAAGAUGCUCAGCAGCUCAGCCAAUGCCAAGUAAACCUGUUCGCUUUGCCCCGCCCACUCCACCCAAAUCAAUCGAAUAACCAGCUCCACAAACACUGUGUCACAUGACUCCUCCUCUUCAGAUCGUGGCCCCUCCCUCCACCUCGUUCACUGUGAAUGACCCCAGUGUGAGUAUAAUAGUAAUGUGAAAUACGUGCUGUACAUUUUGAAGUAACGUUCACAUUCCAGUUUUUUUCUUACGAAUAUACUAAUAUUCAAUAGUUUGAGGUAAGAUUUUGUUUUUCCUUCAGAAAGGAUGCAUUAAAUUGAUUAAAAGUGACAGUAAAGACAUUUAUAAUGUAAGGUUUCUGUUUCAAAUAAUUGUUUUUAACCUUGACAGUAAGAAAUAUUUCUUGAGCAGCCAAUUUGCAUAUUAGAAUGAUUUUUGAAAAAUCAUGUGACACUGAAGACAAGUAACGAUGCUGAAAAUUCAGCUUUGCAUCACAUGAAUAAAUUACAUUUUACAAAAUAUUAAAAUAAAAACCAGUUAUUUUAAAUUGUAAUACUAUUUCACAAUAAUACAAUUUUUACUGUAUUUUUAAUCAAAUAAAUGCAGCCCUAGUGAAAAAAAUAUUAAAAAAUCUUACCAACCUCAGACUUUUGAAUGCUAGUGUACAUACAAAUACACACAUACAGGAGUCUUUUUCUAGCUCUUUUCCUGUACUAACAGUUAAAAAUAUAGGCAGGGAAUUAAUUAGAUUCUGUAAAUUCUGUAUUGCGAAGACAAUCGUAAGAUUUCAUGUUGAUUUGAAACUCGACGCGAAGACGUAUUUUACACUAUCACCUCAGAAAACAUCGAUAUGCUGUAUGACGUGACACUCGUGUUUUUAACUGUCAUUUGAUAAGACCCAACAAAAACUGUUUGCGAUUAUAUUUUAAUACUUUUUAUAUUGUUGAUGUGUAGCUAUGAUGACAGGGCGGGGCUGGAUUUCACGGGAACAGAUAUGUGUGCGACAAAACGUUUUGAUGUUCGUAGAGUUAGUCUUAAGAAAAAAAGAAACCGCAAUCAAAUGACAAUGUCUGUAGGGUGCUUCAACUCAAAAGUGUUCAGUAAAGUAGUAAAUGGUUGUCUUCUGUGAAACCGUUUGUAGUGUAAUCUCAGUAUUUACAAAGGCGGAGUAGCAUUUUGUGGUGUUGUGAACAUGAAACGUGGUCCUUUUCUGGCCAGAGAAGAUGACAGAUGAAGAUGAAACCAUCAGUGUCACUGGAACGUGCUGUUAUUUCUGAACUAUGAACCCGCAACAAACACUUCUUCUGUUAUUUUUCUAUGUAUCUCAACAAGUGAUUAAAGCCCUUUGCAUUUGAGUUUGAGA